AUGUUUAAAUCUUCUCUCAGUGCAAUAUUUCUUGAAAACAAUGGUGGACAGCCAAAACCAACUGUUUUUAUUGUUAAAUUUUUACAAAAUUCCUUCUCUUUUAACAAAAAGUAUACAAUUACAGCUAAUGCUGCUCCUAAUGAAUGGCCUAAUAAAAGUAUCUUAUUAAGCUUAUUAUUAUCAAUUUUCUUUUUCAUCAUUUCCCAAUUCUUUUCUAAAAACAAUACUGCUAAUCUAUAA